AUGAACAGCCGAGCCCUUUGCAUCCUCACCAAGGACGACUUCCCACUCCGCUCCCUGGGUUCAGCUGACGUUCUGUAUGAGUUGCUCCAGUACAUCAAGACCCAGCGGCAAGCUGUGGCAUGUGGGCCCUUUUUCGGAAGAGCUUUCAGGCAGAGGGUGCCCACUCAGCCCUUCCCCUGCUGCCUGGAAGGGGAUCGGGGCCUCCUGCAGCAGCCACCAGCCCUGGGGCUUGCCAGCUCCUUGAGCCAUGUGGAUGCCCCUGGCCUGGCCAGCUGGCCCCUCAGCAGGCAGGAGUCACUCAGUUUAUCUCACUGUGUGGAGCUCGGCUGCAGGGCUGAGGGAGUCUCCUCCUUCCCCACGAUGCCACAGGCCCCCAUUGACGGCAGGAUCACUGACUGCCAGCUGCUGUGGGAUUACAAGUAUCAGCUGCUCUCUGGCACCUGGUACGAGCCCUACAUCAAGUGGGAAGACAAUAAUGCCAAGAUCUUCUGAGUUGUGGAUCCAAAUGGGCUUGCCAGAUUCUGGGGAAACCACAAGAAGCAGGUGAAUGUGACCUAUGAGAAGAUGUCACGUGCCUUGGCCCCCUACCAUAAUCUGAACAUCAUUAAGAAGGAACCCAGGCAGAAACUCCUGUUCAGGUUUCUGAAGACACCCAGGAAGAUCAAUCAGGAAAAGGGCAACAGCAGGGAGCUUCUGGAGAGCCAGGAGCAGGACAGGGUGGACUUCAAGGAGGAGAUGCUGGAAGUCUCUCUGUGA